UAACAAUAUAUAAGUAUAUCAUCAUAUUUAGAAAUGAAAAGGCUAAUAUAGAGUACUGACUUUAAUGUGGCAAUUCCUAUAAGUAGCACAAAACAUGCAAUUAAUGAUGGUUUGUUAGUUUAUAAAAUUAUUGAUAGAUUACUUCAUGUUCCAAAAAUAUAAAUGUUCAUCACCAGCAAUUUUAGGGGAUGUCUUUCGUUGUAAUACACCAGUCUAAUCUUAAUUAUCACCAAUCGAAAAUUAAUAAAAAAGUUGCUUUUCACUUUUAUCAGACAACUGUGAUUUUUCUGUUAAAGAUGUAUCUCGAAAAUAUAAUAACUUAUCUCGAUAAUAAAGCAUUUAAAAAGAAAAUGAAGAAGAAACAGUUAAAAUUUAGCGAAUUAUACAACAGGAAUAAAUAAUUCUAGAAGAAUAGGAGAUUUUAAAUAAAAAAUUACAAAAUAUCAGAUCAGAUACAUAUUAAUAAUUAGAUGAACUUGAUAAAUGUAAAUAAGAUUAUAAAUAUUUUAGAAUAUCUACAAAAGAGAUAAGAAAUUAUUAAAUAACUAUAAUUUUCAAUUGGCUAAUAUGGUAGUAAUUUUAGGGAUAGUUAAAUUAAAGAACCACCAUUAAAAAGUGCUUUAAAGAAAAAAGAAAAUAAAAGAUAACAUACUUAAGAUAAAUAUUAAAAUGAAUUAAAUGAUGAAGAUUCCUAAGAUGACUGGAACUUUAUACAUUAAGCUAAAAUUAAUCUUGAAAAAUAAAGAACACAUUAAAAUACUGACGAUGAAAGAACUCCCUCCAAAGUUCGAUUUGUAAGUACUAAAGAUUCUAAUUAGCAUAAGAAGAUGCGAAAAAGCAUUAAUAUAUCUGAUUUAAACAUGUUUUAAAAAUUUAGGCAUUGA